CCUCGGCUUUGGGGUUGGUGACGCAUGUCACACAGGGUAUAAUAUCAGAGCACUACCUGUGGGGUCUGGACAGUGGGGACAACAACGUGCUCAGCACAGACACAUCAUAGCACCUCCAGCCCAGCGGGGAAAAAAAAGAUGACAGACAUGCUGUGGGCCAGAUCUGCCCCAGCUCCCCUCUCCCAUGCCACCAUUCUGCUGUUGACCGUGGUCUCCAUGGUGACCAUCAGGUUUGGGGAGACCAGGUCUCUUAGGUACACCCCGUACACUGCAGAUGAAGACCCAGAGAUUGCAGCCAUGCGGGUCCUGAGGCAAAUGAACGAGGAGCUGUCGACCGAGGCCCCGCCCUCCCCGCACCGCCCCGCCCACUGGCCCACAGCACUGGCCAAUCCACUGCCGGGAGGGGCCGGCCUUCCCAGGAGGUCGUGGUGGUGGUACCCCGAGGUGCCGCCACAACAGGCCAAGAAGCGGGAAAACUUCUCCUCCUACAACUGGAACUCUUUCGGUUUACGUUAUGGGAAAUGACUCGGAAGCGAGCUGUCAA